UUCCUCGUUUCCUCGUCGUCGCGCCGCGCCAUGUGCGCGUGUAGGUUAGGUUAACGUCGGAAUCCGAUCGUCGUCGUGCCUCGCGGCUGGAUCGAGUAGAGCGGUCUUGGUGCUCGCAUGCCAUUGCCAUUAGAUUUUGUACAAUGACCAGCUGGACGGAGAGAAUGCAUCGACGAGCCGCUACGUUAGGAAAUGUUGUAACCAGCUGCGGACAUCCCUCCUCAGAGCCUCCGCACCCAAGACGCCUGGAAAAGGUCAAGUUUGGCGCGCCCCUCAACGAAGUGUGCAAGAAUGACAUUCCUGGCCCAUUACUGGUCCUUGUAUUGAAAUUGAACAAGGAAGCUCCGCACAGAAAAGACAUCUUUCGAGCGCCUGGCCAUCAGGGUAACAUGAAGAAACUGGUACACUUCCUGCAAACCGGACAUCUGGUCAAUAUGGACAAUUUUAGCGUUUACACGAUAGCCAGCGUUCUGAAAAAGUUCUUGCGCAAGAUACCCGGUGGAAUAUUCGGUAAAGAGGCGGAGCAACAACUGUUUGCCAUAAUUCAGCUAGAUAGCGUAGAACAGCAACGGGACCAGAUACACAGGUUAAUUACCUCCAUGCCGAUAUAUACGCAACGGUUACUGGUAUUGCUGUUUGGAACGUUCAGAGUAGUAGCGGUAAAUUGCGAGCGAGCGCACACGGGGAUGACCAGCGAGGCUCUGGGAGUGUCCGUCGCACCUUCGUUCUUUCAUAGUUGCGUUAGCGACGGCAAGACUGCUAAGAUGGAGGAUGUUCUCAGAUUUAAGAUUGCCACGCGCAUCACCAAGUUCAUGAUAGACAACUUUGGCGUUUCCAAUCUAUUCGGGAGGGAUAACUACGAGUAUUACGCGCGCAUAACCGGUCGAAUAUUAAAAGUGGAGGAGGAUUGGAUCUUUAGUUUCCGAUAUCCGCCGGACACUCUCGUGUCGAGACAGCUGUCGCUGGAAGCCGAAAAGUCGUGGUUACAGUACGAAUGCGAAAAGUGGGGAUUGAAGUUUAAUUUAGAAUGUAUGUCUCACCAAGAAGAAUCACAGUCGACUCCGGCGUUGAUCCACGUGCCGGAGACUGUGAAUCUAGCCUCGUCGUUAGGCAUGAUCCCGGAGAAUACCUUGCUCGAGAGUUACACGCGCCUCUCUGUUAGCUUAGAAGAGAACGGCCUGUUUCAGGCACCCAGUCGUUCCUCGAGUAACGGCAGUCAACAUUCUAAGCGCAUGACGGCGGGUAUGACGCUGGAAGAACUCCGCGCGGUGAAUCGCUACGCCGAGAGCACCAAGAGCCUCAGCUAUCUGCCGCAGGUUCACGAGAGGCAAGCCGCACGGAUGCGAACUAGAUCUGAAUGGUUUCUCACGCCCAUGGUGACCACUGACAGCGAUCCUACGGCGAUACACAUUCUACGCGGUUCCAAUCGCUCUUCUUCUGGCAAUAUUGCUACGGGUUUGAGCGCUAGUGCGGAAUCGGUGAAGCGGCCGAGUCUUCGAAGAACUUCCUCUAGGGAGAAGCAACGAUGGCAUCGCAAUUCUUCCCGUCGCAACAAGGAGAACGGCACUAAGGGAGCCGGUCGCUCGGCGACAACGGUAGCGGCGGCCACAGAAGCGUCCAAAUCGCGUUCCCUUGAGACGAUCAAGACCGUCAAGAUCGUACGCGUCAUGACGACGGAUCAGCAGCAGCAGCAGCAGCAACAACAACAACAACAACAGCAACCGGCGACCGAAAAGAUGCUGGACAACAGUCACAACGAGAUUUUCGAGGAACACGCGAGCAAGGAGGCACGCGUGCCUUCGCGUAUCAGCGGCGACAUUGGACCGCAGGAUUGUACGGAGAUGGAUGUGAAAACGUUUCACGUCACUUUGACGUACAAGCCGCGGAUAUAAACCAUUUUUUAUUAUUAUUACUCUCGACGCUUUUAGGAAUGUCGGAACGGUAUUAUCUUUCUCGCGUGAGAUACGUUUCGUGUUGUUGUUAUUACCCUAAAUAUACGUAGUCACAAACUUUGCCGGUUUUAUCCCGAUGUCAACGUUUAGGAAAUAUCAAAUUUAUCUCGUUUGCGAAUACACCAUUUUUUCCCCCUCAAGUAUUGAAAUAUUCGCUCAGGAGUAUAUUUGCCCCGAACAAAAUUGCGUAUGUAAUAACACGCAGACGUACACAUACGUAUAAAGAUUUUUUUAUUUUCGCCAUAUUACAGUUAUUCGUCGUUUUAGAGGAUAGUCGUAAAAUUUUAUCAUUUUUCUUUUCCGUGUAACAAAACGAUCAGCCAAGUUACACCGGAGGAAGAAAGGGUAACAUGUGAGAAUACAUGGAUUCUUGAUUUUAUACCGUUAAACGUACCGGUGUAAUUCCGGUUACUCUCGCGUAUAUAUCGCGUAAUAUCGUGGCAUUCCAGACGCAUUUACUCUUGCCCCGCGAUAUUUUAAUCAACUUUUCCCGCAUUUGCGUACUCGGUAAUUUCGUUGAAUCGAUCGAGACUGCGCGAUUUUCUUUUUACACGAGUCCACCGCCAUUUAUUCUAAACUAGUAAAAAUGCGACUUGGAUACUCGAAAACUUAUCCCAUCGAUCAUCGUCGCGUGACUAUCGGCGUAAUGUAUACAAGAUGUUCCGCGAGUCGUCCGACUUAUGAAUUCUUUGUGCAAUCUAGAGUGAGUUUUCCCUUGCAAUUGGUGAAAACAUUAGGGUAUUUCUUUGGAAUUAUACGCGAAGAUGAGCCACGCGAGUCAAGUUUGAAGAACGCGGCUGGACAAUAAAAUCCUGUUCUCUUCGUUCAAAUUUAAAUGAGUGUAAUAAAAAAAAUAUUUACCAAAGAAUUCAUAAAUAAAAUGUAUUAGACACAUGGUGUGGAGUACUGUGUGUAAAAAAGCGGAUUCGAUAGAUUUUGCAAGUAUUUACGCGUUUUUCUCGUCGCAACGCGUCGGUCGCGGCUGCUAGUAUAUUAAACGCACCGUCACGCGUUUGUUACAUGCCAAAUUAGUAGUAUAUGUAAGCUGUACUUGUAAGACAUCGACUAUAGAAAUGUCGUAUUGUCGCGUGUGUUACGAAAAUGGUUAUUUAAUAAGACUACGGGAUGAGUCGACAGAAAUCGAACGAGGUAAUCUCCUUUGGAUUUUUUCAAAGAUAUAAAAGAAAAGUGCGUAGAUAACUUAUCGUUAACAUUUUUUCAACACUUUUUUUGCCAUCUCCAAAUGCAAGGGAGAUACUCUUCUAUCAAUUCGUCCUGUAUAUAGAAAUUAUACCGCAUAAGACGCUACUUGAUAUUACUCUCAUUUAGAACAAACGAUUACGAAACGAGAGACAUUUUACGACCAUAAAUAAGAAGAAGAAGAGAACAACGGCAUAUACAUAUAUAUACAUAUAGAACAUGUUACACAACGAAAGUGUUCCGUAAAAAUAAAAAGUACACGUAGCGUAUAAUCGAUGGAGGUCGCGGACGCGCGGCAGAUUUACCAAGAAACUACGGUUGAUUCAACCAAUCCCAAGGAAAAUAGUAAUAUUGCGGGAACUUGAGCGGGAGUGACAGAGAUGGAUUCGUUCAAGUCUUUUCUGUCUCGCGACCAAUGAGCCAUUUUCAAGCCGUCUUAAACCCACGUUCGUCAAUAAUAAUUUGUUUUAAAUAGGAAAAUUGUGUAUUACGGAAACCGUACUAAAUCUUGCAAUGGAAAUGAAAAUAUCUGCAAUAAGCAUAGAGUUUCUAUUAAUAGAGAGGAAGAAAGAAGUAAAUGAAUUUAAGAUGGUUC